GCAGUUGACGAUCAGGGUUGCAGCGAACAGGAAUGAUCCCUGCGCAUCGCACCGCUACUUUGGCCCUUCUUCCUCUUCCUACUCAUUUUUGUUCGUCCACUUCUUCUGCGUCUUCCAGCUGGAUUCUCCACGCCCGCCCGGCCUUGCAUGCAGGUCUUAGCUGUGAUGUACCUAGGGAGCCAGCGCCCCAAAAGUCCUCGACGCCCAUGUCCGUGCCUUGGUGUGUUGUUGUUGUUUAGACGCGAGCACAGUGGUGAGCAGCCGCAUUCCUACCGUGGCUACUCUCGGUCGCCAAUGCGAACAUCGCCGUUGUGCCCACGGCAGGGCGACAGGGCGAUAGUGGGGGAGAGUUUUGGUCUAGCGAGCUGCAAUGAUGGACUCAGCACACGCGGUGCCUGUUUCUCUGGCAAUCAGACGUCGGGGAUGUCGGCAAACCAGGUACAGUCUAGGUGGAUAUCGAGUGCUUCACGGCUGUUCAUCCAGCCUCGUUUGCAUAGGAAGCUCGUUCGGCCCUUGCACACGGACGUUGAUAUUGCCAUAACCGGAUCGGGUUGCCGAAUCACGGAAAGAAUCGAUUUGAAUGAACACUCGCAGCAAGACUAAUUUCGGCAUGAAACUGGUAGAUGACUUGGAACCAGAUUCGAGACAUGCUUGUUAUUUCCGACUAGCUCUGGAAAGCGCCACCAUCAGCCACGAAGCGACGUUGGAAAACAGUGGUCAUUCCUCGGUCAUUUCUGGUAACCUGGGGAGAUAUUCGCUUAACGGCGAGAAGAGUUUAAAGCUAGGAUGCCGAGGCUGGGGAAACCACGCCCAUCCCUGGAUGUGGCUUCGAGCUGUAGAAUCGAUCGCGUCCUUGGUUAGGAGCACCGUAG